UGUGUUAUAUGUGUGCAACAAAAAUGGCGGAGGUGCUGGACAGUGAAGACUGUUAUGAUUCAAUGGAUACCGACGGGUUUCGGCAGUACGUCUGGUGUAUUUAAGUAGCCGCACUAUAAUUACCGUUUAUUGGCCAAUUUGUAAUAACUUUAACAUCAAUUAUGUUAAAAUUUAUAAUUAUAUUAUGCAUAAUAAUUUCUGAUUUUCAUGAACCGUUAUAAGAGAAUUAUUGCCGGGAAGUACGGCACAUUAAAAAAAACUAUAUAGAAACUUUCCUUUCGUGUCGUGAAAGUGAUUCGCGUUAAAUUUGUUCGUCAGUACUGGUACUGCCGUUGUCUUUAAUUUAUAUAAAAGUGGUUUUUUGUGCCGCAAAAAUGGACCCUGGUACUAAAGAGAAUUACUUGAGGAUAGUUAGGGAGUGGUUGUCUAAGCAGCAGCAUUUACCCCAAAAAAUCAAUGACACACUUUUACACAGAUUCUUGCACUGUUGCAAUUACAGUAUAGAAAAAGCGAAAGUUUUGAUAGAUUUAUUUUUUACUGUGAGGUCGCAUACACCGGAGAUUUUUACCGAUCGGGAUCCCAAAUCUCCGGAAUUACUAGAAAUAUUUCAGAAUUUUGAUUUUGUCCCAAUGCCAAAACUAACCGACCAGAACCACAAGAUAUUCAUAUAUCGCAUAAACACCCCGGAUCCGGACAAGUACCAUUUCAUUAAAGCCCUGAAGGUGUUCUUCAUCUUCGCGGACGUCCGGAUGGCCAUCGAAGAAGACAUCGCCGAUGGCGAAAUACCGAUUUUCGAUAUGGCCAAUUUCACCCUUAAGCAUCUCACCAAGGUCAACUUGGCCGUUUUGAAGAAGUACAUGGUCUACACACAGGAAGCGCACCCGAUAAAACUGAAACAGAUUCACUUGCUAAACGUUCCAUCCUUCUUGGACAAAUGUAUGGCAAUAUUGAGGCCUUUUUUGAAAAGUGAGGUGGCCAAAAUGGUUCAUACACACUUACCGAACUCUUCCACUUUAAAUGAGUACGUUCCAGAGUCACAUUUGCCAACGGAAUAUGGCGGUACCGUUGGCGAUAUCCAGGAUUUGAAGAAAUGGUGGGUGGAUAAGGUUAUGGAGCACCGGGAUUAUAUUAUCGACGAGUCCAGGUGGACGGUGGACGAAAGUAAGAGGGCGGGCGAUAGUGGCCACGACGCGAGAAAUUUGUUAGGAAUGGAGGGCAGUUUUAGAUCUUUAGUUAUAGAUUAGUGUAAGUAUUGUAUUUUUUUUCAAUAUAAAUACAUUUUAGCUUAUC